AUGCUAGAAAAACGAGUUCCGGUAGAAAAUCCCUGUCCUGAAGGAAGUACCUGGGAUUCUCGAAUGUGCAAUGCAAACAUCAACGAGCGAGCAUACACCGAUAUAUGCAAAUUUGACGGGGAAGAUCUUUUCAUCGAUAUCCCUGGCUCCUGCCCAGAGGAAAAUGUUUGCAUGAUCACUGGUAAUAUGGAAAAUGACCGCUUCAUUUUUGACGCCAUAUGCGUUCCAAAAACACCACCAAGUCAAGACGUGAUUACACGAAGAGAUGCCAGAAAAAGGAGAGUACUGGCGCAAUAUGGGCGUCGAUUCAAGAAGAAAGGUGUACGUGGAGGGGGGGCUGAGAAUAUACCGGUGUAUAUCGACCAUCGAGCAGCAUUCAUAACUGCUGAGUUCGUUUCCGUCGACGGAGACUUUAUAGUGACGCCCAGUAUUUUGAAUGGCUAUCUAAAAGGUACCACCCCGCGAGUCUGCAAAUCGGCGCAAUAUUUCGAACAAGGUGAUCGUAAACAUUGUUUGCCAGCCGAUGGUCCUAAGCCUCUGUCGAUUGGGGGUAAUGUGUCUUUUCUAUAUGAUCUAGAUCUUCGCCUUGAUGAAAAUACCUGGUUAUUUUACUACAUGGGUUGUGGCUUGGGUAAGAUCUAG